UUCAUUCAACAUCUAAUGGCUGAGAGAACCCAGACAAACAUUGGAGAGGAUCUUCUGUUUAUUAUAAAUGUGAGACAGUGGCCGAGGCGAAAAGAACAGAAAUCACCUAUGGCAAUGGGAAGCUUUCCGAUUCAUCUCUUGCACUUGGGCUUCUUGAUGAUGGUAAUAAUCACGGCGAACUCGCUGUCGUUGCUGGCUCAUAGAAAUUGGACGGUAUCAACGAGUCAUGACUCGGCUUCAUUCAAUCGGAGUAGCUUUCCGGUUGGUUUCAUUUUCGGGACUGCUUCUUCUGCUUACCAGUAUGAAGGUGGAGCAAAAGAGGACGGCAAACGCCCAAGUAUAUGGGAUGUUUUCACUCGUAAAUACCCAGGUAAGAUAAGAGACCUUAGCAAUGGAGAUGUGGCAAUCGAUUUUUAUCAUCGAUAUAAGGAAGACGUGGCGAUAAUGAAGGGUCUUGGGUUGGACGCAUUCAGAUUCUCCAUCUCUUGGUCUAGGGUUAUACCUCAUGGAAAAGUAGGUCAAGGAAUAAACAAGAAAGGUGUUCAAUAUUACAACCACCUCAUCAAUGAGCUUCUAUCGAAAGGAAUCAAACCCUUUGUAACUCUAUUACACUGGGAUCUUCCACAAGCUCUGGAAGAUGAGUAUGGCGGUUUUUUAAGUCCUCGCAUUAUUGAUGAUUUCCAAGACUAUGCGGAGCUUUGUUUCAAAGAGUUCGGUGAUAGAGUGAAGCACUGGAUCACUUUGAAUGAGCCAGUGAGUUUCAGCUAUGGAGGAUACAACUUGGGCAUCAAAGCACCUGGACGAUGUUCUAAAUGGGUUGGAAAUUGUACUAGUGGGAAUUCGGCGACUGAGCCCUAUUUGGUAACUCACCACCAGCUUCUUGCUCAUGCAGCUGCUGUGAAAGCAUACAAGGAUAAGUAUAAGGCAUCUCAAAAGGGAAAGAUUGGAAUAACACUAGACGCACAUUGGAUCAUGCCUUACUCAAAUGACAUUUCUAACAAGGCUGCAGCCAAAAGAGCUCUUGAUUUCAUGUUUGGAUGGUUUAUGCAACCAUUAACCUAUGGUGAUUAUCCACAAAGCAUGCGAUCUUUAGUUGGAAAUCGAUUACCGAAAUUCUCCAUAAAGCAGUCAAAGAUGGUAAAAGGAUCAUUGGACUUCAUUGGGCUAAAUUACUUCACUACUAAUUAUGCAGCUAAUGUUGCAUUCUCCAAUGCAACUAAAAUGAGUUAUUCAGCAGAUUCUCAUACUAAUAUCACAACUUCAAGGAAUGGGAUCCCCAUUGGUCCAAGGACUGCUUCGGAUUGGCUGCUCGUAUAUCCCCGAGGAAUAUGGAAGUUUUUGCUCUAUACAAAGCAAAAAUACAAUAAUCCAACGAUUUAUAUCACUGAGAAUGGGAUAUCAGAGUUCAACAACAGUACACAGACAUUGGAGGAAGCCCUGGCAGAUAACAGGAGAAUAGACUAUUACUAUCAUCAUCUUUUAUUCCUCAACAAAGCCAUCAAGGAAGGUGUUGAUGUAAGGGGAUACUUCGCAUGGUCAUUGUUGGACAACUUUGAGUGGGACUAUGGUUACACAGUUCGAUUUGGAAUAAACUAUGUGGAUUACAAAAAUGGGCUGAAGAGAUACCCGAAGCACUCUGCCUUUUGGUUCAAAAGAUUCCUCCAGCGAUAGGAUACUAGAUCAAACCAUACUUGGAUGGGAUUAAUUGGAAAAUAUCUCAUAUUUUCAGAGAGGGUAAUACCAUUGCAGACUUCUUAGCAAGAUAUGCGGCCAAGACUGGUGUCUCUGGAAUUAAUGUAAAUUUUCCAGGUCAUGUAGCGGAGCUUCUUAGCAGAGAUGCUAAUGGAAGACCCAAUUAUAGAUUCUACUAGUGUCCCCUCUCCCUCUCCCUCCUGAUGUCAAUGCCAAAGGUGGGGGGUUGGAGAGGUUUGUUUAUGGUUGCUAGUUUGAUGUACUGUCUAUUUUAUAUUUCUACGCCUUUCUAAUAAAAUUAUCCUUUAGUGACAAAAA